AUGAUUAGAGUACCGAAGGUCAAUGCUCUCUUCGAUUUUUCCAGGUGUCGCUAUUCAACUUUGAGCACUGUUGGUCUGCCGACAAUAUAUGCAUUAUCAACUCCUCCAGGUCAAAGGUCAGCCAUAGCCGUGGUUAGGAUAUCCGGCUCCCAUUCCAAAUAUAUAUAUCAUAAACUCACCAAAUCCAAGAAUGAUCCUAAACCAAGAAUUGCAUCUCUGAGGAAGCUUUACUCAUCAGUUGACAAGAAAGGUGUUUUAGAUUCUUCUCUGACACUGUUCUUUUCUUCUCCAAAUACGUUCACAGGUGAGGAUAUUUUAGAGUUACAUCUACAUGGGGGAAAAGCAGUUACUAGUUGCGUCUUGAAGGCAAUUGAAGAAUUACAUGACCUGGGAUCCGGCUACAACAUACGUUACGCUUAUCCUGGAGAAUUUUCAAAGAGAGCCUUUCAAAAUGCGAAAUUUGACCUGACUGAGAUAGAGGGAAUUCGCGAUCUGAUAGAUGCUGAGACGGAGACCCAGCGUAAAAGUGCACUUUCCAGCUUCAAUGGAGAAAACCGAGAUAGGUUCAUGCAAUGGAGGACUAAAAUCAUUUCCAAUGUUGCCCAAUUGACAGCAAUAAUAGACUUUGGAGAUGAUACCGAGAUUCAAGACAUUGAAAAGAUAGUAAUGACGGUGGAGUCUAAUAUCAAACAACUACGCAAUGAAAUAAGGGAGUUCAUUAAAAAAAUUGAGAGAUCAAGCAUACUACGUAGUGGUAUCAGAACAGUCCUUUUGGGCCCUCCUAAUGCUGGUAAAUCAUCGCUCAUUAACACCAUAAGUAAAGACGACAUCUCGAUCGUAUCCCAGACUCCUGGUACCACAAGGGAUGCUAUUGAGGUUGCUAUCAACGUCAAUGGAUACAAAGUCAUCAUCUGCGACACUGCAGGAAUCAGAGAUGGUUCAUCUGAUGAGAUAGAGGUACUUGGGAUUGAGAAAGCGAUGAAAAAAAGCUCACAAUGUGAUCUAUGCCUUCUACUGGUUGACCCUCAAAAUGAGUCUCCUAUACCUGACCGUCUUAAGCAGCAUUUAUCUUCACCUCAACUUUUAAACACCGAUACUGUGCUAGUGCUUAAUAAGAUGGACAUCUUUGAGAAUUCCCUAGAGGCAAAAAAGUACAUUGAUCAGUUGAAGAGAGAAACGAACAGCCGGUUUCCCAUAAUACCAAUAUCGUGCUUGUCAGGCAUAGGUAUUAAUCAGUUAGUUGAUGAACUGACCACUAAAUUUCAGGCGAUGUCUAAUAGCAGCGAUGAAUCUGAUCCGAUCAUUGUAUCCCAAAGAGUAAAAGAAAUACUGAAUAAUGACGUUCUUUACGGGAUCGAAGAGUUCUUGUCACUCAAGGACGAUGUUGUUCUUGCGUCCGAGAGCUUACGGCAUGCAACCGACGGUAUCGGAAAGAUAACAGGAGAGACAAUUGGCAUUGAAGAAGUUUUAGGUGUGGUCUUUUCUAGUUUCUGUGUCGGUAAAUAG